GUUCACAAUUGGCCACCAUUGGACUCACCAGAAAAAUUACACAUUAAAAAAGGAUGUGUGACAAGGAGAAACUCAUUUGCAAUGAGUCUGGCAACAGAUUUGAGCAUAAGCCCAAGUGCGGAACUAAGAAUGAGGACAGCGCAAAGUUACCCUGGUAUUAUGCAGGUGGAUUUAUACUGUUCUGGGGACUACUCUUUUUCGCCGUAGUUAUACCCUAUUUAUAUCGGUUGCCUACGGCGCUAACGAUGGAGGACGUGAAAAGCCACGAGUUCAUUGCGGAGCGGGCCUAUAAAAAUCUCUAUUACCUGUCAAAUAUCGGUACGAAAAUGGUAGGCUCAAAGAAAAAUGAGAUUGAUACUGUACAGUACCUCCUUAAGGAGCUCAACCAAAUCAAGCAAGACUCGCUUAAGGAUUAUUUUGACAUUGAAAUCGACUUAUCGGAAGUGUCCGGCCAAUUUAAAUAUGAGGAUUUGAUUAUCGUGUAUCAACAAGUGCAAAAUAUUGUUGUAAAAAUUACUUCGAAGAACAGCACUAGCGAUGCCUAUCUACUGGUCAACAGCCACUUUGACUCGAAGCCAGAAACGCCGUCUGCCGGAGAUGCCGGCUUCAUGAUAGUCACAAUGCUGGAGGUUCUGCGAACCAUGGCUGCUACUGAGCAGAGCUUUCAGCACCCGAUCGUCUUCUUGUUCAAUGGGGCUGAAGAAAGCUCUAUGCUGGCCUCCCAUGGUUUCAUCAACCAACACAAAUGGGCUCCCAACAUUAAAGCUGUUGUAAAUCUCGAUGCGGCUGGAAGUGGUGGACGAGAACUUCUUGCACAGACUGGCCCAAAUUAUUCUUGGCUUGUGGACUAUUAUAAUAAAUAUGCCAAGCAUCCAUUUGGCACAACAUUGAACGAGGAAAUCUAUCAGACUGGAGCUCUGCCUUCUGAUUCAGACUUCACUAUUUUUAAAGAUCACAUACCAGGUUUAGACCUUGCUCAGGCUAUCAAUGGCUUUAUAUACCACACUAAGUAUGAUUUGAUCGAUGUUAUUCCUCAAGAGUCCUUGCAAAAUACCGGCGACAAUGUGCUCGGUAUAGUUCGAGCAUUAUCGAAUGCAACUGAAUUGGAGGACAUGGAGGCCCACAGAACUGGACAAGCUGUCUACUACGACUUCCUGGGACUCUUUUUCAUAACUUAUACAGCGGACACGGGAUCAGUUAUAAACUUUACCGUCGCCGGCGCUACCCUUCUGUUUGUUUUCAUCUCAAUGUGGCGGAUGGCAGCUGUAUCCAACGUCUCGAUAUGCCACGUGAUACGAUGGUUUAUAUUGGUGCUUAUCAUCCAGUCGAUUUGCUUUGUACUUGGACUGGUUCUUCCCAUAGUAGUAGCAUUUGUAAUGGACAAAAUGGGAUUAUCGCUGACGUUCUUUAGCACGCCGAUUCUUAUGAUCGGGCUAUAUGUCUGUCCCUCACUUAUUGGCCUUAGUUUGCCUCUUACUGUCUACUACAGUAUCCAGUGCCACAAUAAAAUUUCAUGUGGUUACCAUCUACAGCUAGCAUUGCAUGCUCAGGCCGUCAUAUUGGCCGUUCUAAUCAUUUGCCUCACAUCAUUUGGCUUGCGUUCCACAUACAUCCUAAUGAUACCCCUUCUUUUCUAUGUGAUACCGUUGGUAUUGAACUUAUUGAUUACUCUGCACGAUCGUGGCUAUGCUUGGACUGGUCUGCUAAAGAUCUGCCAGAUAGUUCCAUUCGUCUACAGCAGUUAUAUUUUUUAUCUGUUCAUUGUGGUGCUCGUGCCAAUGACUGGGCGUUCUGGCAGCGCAUCUAAUAAGGAUGCAUUCGUUGCCGCUCUCUGCGCAUUGGGAACGAUUCUAUCAUUGGGUUUCCUGGUCCCACUAAUCAAUACAUUGCGACGACCCAGUUUGGUCAUCUUCACUCUGAUUGCAAUUACAUUCAUUUCCAUUUACUUAGCGAGUAGCACGCAACUUGGAUUCCCCUAUCGAGCGAAAACUAACGGACAAAGAAUUGCAUAUCUGCAAGUUCGAAACAAGUUCUACGAGUUUGAUGGCACUCUUAGUAAGGAUGAGUCGGGCUACUUGUUUAGUUUCCAGGAUCGACGGAAAGAAAGUCUACUUCUGGGCACAAAUGUUGACUUGACAGGAUUAACUAGCAUAAAGUCGAGGUGCGACAAGCACAUGAUGUGUGGCAUGCCGCUGUACGAUUUCCGAUACGUUCAGAAUCGGCUGCAGAGCAAAUGGUUGCCACGCUCAGAGCCCAUCGAGCCCCCGGGAACAGCUUCGUUGAAAAUGUUAAACAAGACCUAUCUGAAUUCAACCACUGUGCGGUUCGACUUUUCUUUAACGGGCCCUCCUCAAAUGAGCCUAUUCUUUGAGCCCAACGAAGAUGUGACAAUUAGCAAUUGGUCAUUUCUGGAGAGCUAUCUACAGAAGCCGCCACCAUUUCCUUUGUCCUAUCAUAUUUUCAUCAACUAUGGCAUUGGCAACUCGCCAUUAAAGUUUUUCGUGGAUUUAACGAAGCAAAAUGGUAACUUAAAAGUAUCGCUCCUUCAAGUGGGUGUAUCGGCGCACUUCGUCGGAGCUAAGGGAGAUGCCUCAAGUGAGAAGUUAGCAGCUUCAUUCCCAUCCUAUUCAAUUGUGGCUACCUGGCCAUCCUUAUACCAGAGAUAUAUAUUUUAAAGUUACCAAAUUAUGUUAGCCUAAGGUUAAGUUAAUUUAAAAAAACGAACAACUAUUUGAUAAUCGCUUUAGGGACUAAUAAAUUAUUUUCUUAACAGACGCGAGAUGCACUGAAUGGGGAAGUUAUACGUUAUUUAUAAA